AACUAGCACUGCUCGUUGCCUGUCCACCACCACCUUAAGCCUCUCUCCCACCCAUCCACAACUUCGCAUUCCGGGCUUUACCUGAAACAUGGCCUCCAACCGCGCUCGACGUAUCGCCAAAGAGAUUGCCGACAUCAAGAACGACAAACUCUCGCAGAUCAUAGUAGACCCUGCAGGAAACGGCGAUGACCUUACACAUCUUCGCGGCCAGUUUCUUGGGCCGCCAGACACGCCAUACGAGGGGGGCACUUUCCAAGUCGACAUCAAGAUCCCCAACGAGUACCCUUUCAGGCCGCCGGGCAUGAAGUUCGAGACCAAAAUCUGGCACCCGAACGUGAGCUCACAAACAGUAUGUCCCCCAUUAAAUGCACGCGAGAGAAGACUGACCGAACAGGGUGCCAUCUGCCUGGAUACUCUAGCGUCACAGUGGUCGCCAGUCCUCACCAUCAAGUCUGCCCUUAUCUCCCUCCAAUCACUCCUCUCAACGCCUGAGCCAAAGGAUCCCCAGGACGCAGAGGUCGCUAGUAUGCUGAUCCGAAACCCUGCCGAGUUCGAGCACAAGGCCCGCGAGUGGUCAGUCAAGUACGCUGGCGCACCCAAGAAGGAGAUCGCCGAAGGAAGCGGCGGUGCCACAGCAGAGUCCAUUAUCAGGAAGCGACAGGAGGCCAAGCAAAACGAGGAAAAAGUCAAGAUGGCAGCAUACCACGGCUACAACAAGGACCUCGUCGAUCGCUUCGUCGCUAUGGGGUUCGACGUUGAAGUGGUUGUGGCUGCUUUCGAAUACGUUGGUAUCGACAAAAUGGGCGGCGAGGACUACGAACUGGAGGAAGCAUAUAUGGGUGAUAUUACCGCCCGUCUGUUCGGCGAAGCGUAAGGGGGACGGAGAGGAAAGAUCAGGGAAAGACUACGGUAUGGGGGAAGAGGCUUGGAUCGCAGGCAUUAGUCUUGCAGAUUAUACACCAUCAUUGGCGACGGCGUCCGGUUUUGUUUACACAUGCACUGUAGUCAGUCAUGUUCGUCUUAUUUCUAAACUCAUGGCCUUGAGAAAAUAGUCAAACAUAGUGUUCUUUGAAUAUACUUCUCUGUCCACU